CAACAUCUCACUGAGCCAACCUCCUCUCAAGUACUUUGGCGGUGUAAACUCACACGAAGUACCUCGAGUCACCUUUGAGGUACCAAAACUCCCUUACACCUCCAGUUCCCAUCCGAUAUGCCGCGAUAAUGCACCGGGAAUCAAACCCAGGGCGCUCGCCGCUCAUCUCCGCGCUGUCUCAUCCGAGUCCUCCUCUUCCUAUACCGGCAGCCGCAUCUCCAUCCACACCACGGCGCUUCAAGCGCUUCCGCAGCCUCCUACCCACCACAACCUCCUACCGCGCGGUCCUCAGCUCCGUGUGCAUCAUGGCCGUCCUAUUCUGGAUUCUUCACCUCCUCUUCUUCUCACUCCUCCCAGAUUUCACCACCGGCAACCCCUCACCAUCCUCACCACCACCACAAGAAGACUCCUCAGUAGCCGACCUGGCCCUCCAAAAAAUCCUCCGCGACAGCCGCCAAAUCUUCGGCACCUAUCCCGCCUCCUUCAACAAGUCAGCAGCCUCCAAGCGUCGCGCCCAAUGGAUGACUUCUUUGCCUGACUCCCUCCCGCUCACCCACCUCCGAGCCAUCCCGGGAACCCACGACAGCGCAACCUGGAACUUUACUGCCGAGACGAGGAAUUCGAUCCCCUCUAAUCCUAGUUAUUUGCCGGCCGAGUGGUUCCGGUGUCAGAAGAAUAGCAUUGUGGAGGCGCUGGAGGCCGGGAUCAGGUUCUUUGAUUUGAGGUAUGCGGCGUUGGAUACAGGUGGUACGGAUGGGAAAGGUGAUGGGGGGACGAGACUUGUGUUUUGGCAUAAGAUGGCCUUGUUGAGCGAGGUGGCGACGGUGGAGGAUGUUUUGUUUGGGUUUUAUAAGUGGUUGGAGGGGAGGGGGAAGGGGGAGGUGGUGAUGGUUAGUUUGCAGUAUGAGCACCCAACCCGCUCCAAAGCCUCCAACACCCCUCACGUCCAACGUCUUCUUCACUCCCUCCUCACCACCCCCGCCGCCCGCCGGUUCAUCUACCCGUCACACUCCCUGCCUCCGACACUCGGCCACGCCCGCGGCAAAAUCGUCCUCCUCAAACGCUUCGACUUGCCCGAUCUUUCUAUCGAUCAACAACUUGCUGUGCCAGGACUUAAUUUCUCUCCCGCCCUAUGGCCGGAGAAUAAUAAAGGGUUUGAAUUAGUUUAUAACCAGCUUGAGGACAACGGUAAGGGAGGUGAGGGGGGGAAGAAAAAGAAUGAGACGGCGUACAUAGAGGAUUACUUUGAGCCUAAUGACCUGCCGAGUGGGAUGAAUUCGAGCGUGGAGGAGAAUGUGAUGGCGAAGUGGGAGGCUGUGGAGGGGCAUUUGAGGGCGGCGGCGGCUGCUGCUGGUGCUGCCGGUACUGCCGGGAAUGAUGGUGAUGACGAUGGGUUGUGGAUUACGUUUACUUCGGGAGAACAUGUGUUGAAUGAGCCGAAUGUUACGCCGGAGGUUAUGGCGCUUGGUCCGGAAGAGCAACGGCAGCGGGACCGUAAGGCAAAUACUGGGAGUGGAGAUGGGACGGUGAAAGGGGGAGUGAAUGAGAAGUUGUUGGGGCUGUUGAAGCAGGAUGGGCCGGACGGGUUGAAGGGGAAGAGGUUGGGGGUUGUGGUGAUGGAUUUUUGGGAGAUGGAAGGGGAGGGGGAUUUGAUCGGGGCGUUGUUGGGUUUGGACUGAUGGUUAGAUACCC